AUGGAAGUAUUGUAUGUCCCACUACUUUGGAAGCAUAGAUGCAAGAAAAGAAAAAGCAUAGAGCUGAGAAAUUGUGGACAUACUAUGAUAACACACGAUCUUGUGGCGGAGACAUUGGCAGCACACAAUACCGGCGGAGUAGGCGUUGGAGACACUGACAAAACGUGA